AAUGAAUAUGAUUGGUUAGCACUUGGCCACUUUGGUCUCAAAGCCAGCCAGCAAAGCAGCGAACAUUUCUUCCUAGAUUGAACUGUUGUUUAUCAUAUCCUCCGAUCAAUCAUCGGAACAAGAUGCAGAAGCUGAACGAACUCUUCUCUGGCGGCGGAGACGGCGAAGGAGCAAACGAUAGCUUCCUUGAAGAUGGAUCGGAGGGUCUCUGUUCUCUCUCCACAACUCAGAGAAUGUACGGAUUCGCCGCGUCCUUGGCCGCUGGUUUACUUCUCAUGUUUCUGUCCAUGAUCGUGUUUGCUAUCCCCAUCAAGUUUGCGCUGCUCUUUACAUUCGGAAAUGUUCUCGCUAUUGGAAGCACAGCCUUCCUCAUGGGACCUGAGCAACAGAUAAACAUGAUGUUGGACCCUGUUCGUAUCUACGCUACUUCCAUCUAUGGCGGAUGCGUCCUUCUUGCACUCAUUUGCGCUCUCUUGAUCCACAGCAAAAUUUUGACAGUGAUUGCGAUCUUAUGCGAGACUUGUGCACUUAUUUGCAGGUACAGCCUCAGUUAUAUUCCGUUUGCACGAAGAAUGGUCUCUGAAAUAAUGAUCCGUCUCUGUGACACCGAGCUAUAGUCAUCUAAGAGGCAUACACAUGACACGACCUCCCUUUUUUACUGGUCUCAAGAAUUUGAGAUAUGAUUCUUCUUCAAUACUUGUUGAUUUUUAUUUUGUUUGAUCUGAUCCGGUGGUUUGUACAUGAAUCAGAAGUAACGCAAAUUGAGUUUCUUUGGUUGGGGACUUGAAGCUGUGUGUGUAUUUUUGCUGCUUCAGACUUAACGGUCACUUGACAUUUGUUUGAUAAGAGAUUACUUAUUCAUAUAAUCCCUCGGAGUUGUCAAUUUACCA